CGCCCCUUUUCUCCCCCGCCGGCCGAAGCAAAGUCACGCCGCCCCUUUCUUCUACCCGUCGCCGAAGCAAAGCCGCGUCGCUCCUUCCUCCGGCGCGCGCGGGCGAGGCCCACCGAUUCCGAGGCUCUCCGGCGCCGGAACCAACUGGAUUCGCCUGCUACAAGGCCGCAUGUAAAGCCCCGGGGUGGAUCCAUGGCGCCGGCGGCGAGCGCGAGGCCCCGGACACAAAUGGGCACCCCCACGCUGAAACUUGGUGGAAUGUAUGCGGCGCGGGGUGAAGGAGCUUUCGAACAACGUGGGACAGCCAUGGGCAGCAAGAACGGGCCGGGAUGUGCGGCGGCGGCGGCGACGACGACGAGGAGUGGAGGCGCGAACAAAAGCGAGCGAAAACUGGCAAAAACAGGCGCUUCUCCCGCAGAUUUGGAGGAUCCCACAAUAAAAUUUGUGGAACAACCUAAUACACAAUUUUUUUUACUGUUUUACCUGCGGCAAGGAAAUGAAAUCAGGCUCCAUGUUGCGGCCAGAGGCCACUCCUCCCCCUCCUCCCACAACCCAACUCCCAUCUGCUCCGCCUCGCCGCAUCCUCUCCAGCCCUUGCCUCCGCCGCCUUGAGAACGGCGAGAUGCUUGUUCCCCACCAGGAGGUAGCCACCGCCGAUGCAGACACUGCCCAGCCAAUGGAAGUGGUGGCACAGACGGAAGCGGUAAGCACAGCCGAGAGCCAGCCUUCUGAGGACCCACAGACAUCGCGGUUCACUUGGACAAUCGCAAGUUUUACCCGGCUCAACGGGAAGAAGCACUACUCUGAUGUGUUUGUCGUCGGUGGGUACAAAUGGCGUGUUCUUAUUUUCCCCAAGGGGAAUAAUGUGGAGCACCUGUCAAUGUACUUGGACGUCGCUGACUCGGCCAAUCUCCCAUAUGGUUGGAGCCGUUCUGCCCAGUUUAGCUUAUCUGUUGUAAACCAGAUUGAUCAGAAGUAUACGACACGAAAAGAUACUCAACAUCAAUUUAGUGCACGUGAGAGUGAUUGGGGUUUCACUUCUUUUAUGCCUUUGAGUGAGCUAUAUGAUCCAAGUAGAGGUUACCUUGUGAAUGAUACUAUUGUUGUGGAGGCAGAGGUUGCUGUCCGCAAAAUGGUUGACUAUUGGACAUAUGACUCAAAAAAGGAAACAGGUUAUGUUGGUUUGAAAAACCAAGGAGCGACCUGUUAUAUGAACUCUCUUCUACAAACAUUGUACCACAUACCAUACUUCAGAAAGGCUGUGUAUCAUAUGCCAACCACCGAAAACGACAUGCCAUCUGGAAGUAUUCCCUUGGCGCUGCAAAGCCUUUUUUAUAAGCUCCAGUACAGUGACAACAGUGUAGCUACAAAAGAGUUGACGAAAUCUUUUGGAUGGGACACAUAUGAUUCCUUCAUGCAGCAUGAUGUACAAGAGCUCAACAGAGUUCUCUGUGAGAAACUUGAAGAUAAGAUGAAGGGAACUGUUGUAGAAGGAACAAUCGAGCAAUUAUUUGAAGGUCACCACAUUAAUUAUAUUGAGUGUAUGAACGUGGACUAUAAAUCUAACAGGAAAGAGUCCUUUUAUGACCUUCAACUUGAUGUCAAAGGUUGUCGUGACGUGUAUGCAUCGUUCGAUAAAUAUGUUGAGGUUGAGCGUCUCGAGGGUGAUAACAAGUAUCAUGCAGAGAAUCAUGGUUUACAGGAUGCAAAAAAGGGCGUUCUCUUCCUCGAUUUCCCCCCUGUUUUGCAACUUCAGCUUAAGCGUUUUGAGUACGAUUAUAUGAGAGAUACCAUGGUUAAGAUUAAUGACCGCUACGAGUUUCCUUUGCAACUUGAUCUGGAUAGAGAUGAUGGCAAGUAUCUUGCUCCAGAUGCAGAUAGAAGUAUAAGAAACCUUUAUACUCUCCACAGCGUUCUUGUUCAUAGCGGAGGAGUACAUGGUGGUCACUACUAUGCAUUCAUACGGCCAACGCUAGCAGAUCAAUGGUAUAAAUUUGAUGAUGAGCGUGUAACAAAAGAAGAUACUAAAAAGGCCUUUGAAGAUCAGUAUGGGGGUGAGGAAGAGUUACCUCAAAUAAACCCUGGAUUCAACAAUACUCCAUUCAAAUUCACGAAGUAUUCAAAUGCCUACAUGCUUGUAUACAUCCGUGAGAGUGACAAAGAGAAAAUAAUGUGUAAUGUUGAUGAGAAGGACAUUGCUGAACAUUUAAGGAUAAGGUUGAAGAAAGAACAAGAAGAGAAAGGACAUAAGAAGAAAGAAAAAGCUGAAGCCCAUCUCUAUACCAUCAUAAAGAUUGCCCGGGAUGAGGAUCUAAAGGAGCAAACUGGUAAGGACAUAUAUUUUGAUCUGGUGGACCAUGAAAAGGUCCGUAGCUUCCGAAUACAGAAGCAAUUGCCAUUUAGUACUUUCAAGGAGGAAGUUGCAAAGGAAUAUGGCAUCCCAGUACAGUUUCAGCGCUUCUGGCUGUGGGCUAAGAGGCAAAACCAUACAUACAGACCAAAUCGCCCAUUGAAUCCUCAUGAAGAAACACAAUCUGUGGGGCAACUGAGGGAGAUAUCAAAUAAGGCACAGAAUGCUGAACUGAAGCUGUUUUUGGAAGUGGAAUUUGGACUGGAUUUGCAGCCUCUUCCUCCUCCUGAGAAGAGCAAAGAAGAUAUUCUUCUUUUCUUCAAACUGUACAAUCCCGAAAAAGAAGUGCUUUGUUUUGUGGGGAGGCUCUUUGUAAAGGCCUUGGGGAAACCUUCAGAUAUUCUGAGAAAACUAACUGAAAUGGCUGGGUUUACCCCGGAUGAAGAGAUCGAGCUAUAUGAGGAAAUUAAGUUUGAGCCAAAAGUAAUGUGCGAACAUAUUGACAAGAAGCUUACUUUCCGUGCUAGUCAGCUUGAAGAUGGGGACAUAGUCUGUUUCCAAAAGUCACCUAAAGCAGACAGUGGUACUCAAGUGCGCUAUCCUGACGUCCCUUCAUUUUUGGAGUAUGUUCAUAAUAGGCAGGUUGUGCACUUUCGGUCGUUGGAGAAACCAAAGGAUGAUGAAUUUUGUUUGGAAUUGUCAAAGCUUCACACAUAUGAUGAUGUUGUUAAGAGAGUUGCCCGCCAGCUUGGGUUGGAUGAUCCAGCGAAAAUUCGCCUUACAUCCCAUAACUGUUAUUCACAGCAGCCUAAACCGCAACCCAUCAGAUAUCAGGGUGUGGAGCAUUUAUUGGAUAUGCUCGUCCACUAUAAUCAGACUUCUGACAUCUUGUAUUACGAAGUAUUGGAUAUUCCAUUGCCGGAAUUGCAGUUCCUUAAAACCCUUAAAGUUGCGUUCCACCAUGCUACAAAGGAGGAGGUUGUCAUUCACAGCAUCAGGCUUCCUAAGAACAGCACCAUUGCUGAUGUGAUAAUUGACUUGAAAACUAAGGUUGAUCUAUCCAGUCCCACUGCCGAGCUACGCGUGCUAGAGGUCUUUUACCACAAGAUCUAUAAGAUCUUUCCACUUCACGAGAAGAUAGAGAAUAUAAAUGAUCAGUACUGGACGCUACGUGCUGAAGAGGUUCCAGAGGAGGAGAAAAAUCCCAGUCAGCAUGAUCGCUUAAUCCAUGUUUAUCACUUCACGAAAGAUCCUCUUCAGAAUCAAAUUCAGAAUUUUGGAGAUCCUUUUUUUCUUGCUAUCCUUGAAGGUGAGACUUUAGCAGAAGUAAAGGGCCGCAUACAGAGAAAACUCCAGGUCCCUGAUGAAGAAUUCUCCAAGUGGAAAUUUGCAUUCAUAUCUAUGAAUCGGCCAGACUACCUACAAGAUUCUGAUGUUGUAUCUGCUCGUUUCCAGAGGAGAGAUGUCUAUGGAGCUUGGGAACAAUAUCUUGGGCUGGAGCACACUGACACUGCACCGAAAAGGGCCUAUACAGCCAAUCAGAACCGUCACACGCAUGAGAAGCCGGUGAGGAUAUACAAUUAGUACGCCUUAAAACUGUGUUGGUCCCCUGAUGAAGGCGUUGGUCUGGGAGUGGAAAAGGAGUAGGCUGCAACAGGUGAAAGCAGCAGCAUGUUUGGCCAUUUGGGUGCUACGGCAUAUCUAUCGCUUGCUACAGUUUUUGCUCUUGAUGCAUGGCCAUGACGAUUUUUUCAAGGUUCAUCAUCUUGCCUUUCAGGCAAGGGUGCAUGGUAUCAAGUUUCUGUAAAUUGGGUGUAAAGGCCACCCUCCUAAGGGUAGAUGUUGGUUCAUUUUUAGAGCAAAGUCGAGUACAUAUGAUUUUGGUAGUGGGCUUGUAUACAAGGGUAUAGUUUUGCGACUUGAUAUUGGCAUUUGUUGUAAUCUGGUGAUGACGGAAGAUUAAUGGAUCUUUUCUUGGUUUAAGUAGCUGCAGUAGUAAAAAUGUGUCUAACAAUGAUUAUUGCAGCCAGAGUUACAUGAUACUGAGAAUUAUGAUCAGUUUGCCACUCUUUGAAACA